AUGCCGCAGGAGCGAGGUUUAAUGCUUGCGUCCUUCUUAGAUCAAGAAACCCUCGAAGAACUCUCCAAUGCUUUGCCGGUGGUGCUGAAGCAAUGCCCGCGGCCGCCAGAUCUGCCGGAUGCCGAAGGCAAGUUGCUACCGCCCUCGCGGCAGCAGCAGCUGGCAGAUGAAGCGGUGCUGGCGGAUGCCAAGAAGGACAAGAAGCAGCUUGCCAAAAGAGAAGCGAUGACACAGAUCAUUUUCCAUGGUACAAAUCCAGACGAGGCGUGUCCUCUCUGGCAGGUGGUGGAGAAUCUGCAGGAACGCUUCUUGAAGUGCCAUAAGGACUUCAUCGAUCUGGGCCCCAGCUUCAAAUUUGUCAUGCAACAUGCGCGGCAGCUGUUCCCACAGGCGCAUGUGGCCCACUGGGGAGCUGACACCAAACUGUGGCCGCAAGAGACCAAUCUGAUUGUGCAGCAUCUGAAAGCGCUCAUUGAUCUGAUCCGCGCCUUGCGACUGGAAAAGCUGGGCUAUGACGAUGAUAUGGAGGAGGAGAGCUUUGAGAGUGAAUCUGAUGAGGAGCAAGCCGCCUUAAGCAAAGUAGCCAAAGAGAAAGAGAAGGAGCUGAGGAUCGAAACUGAAGAAGUUUGGGUUCCUCCCACGGAGCUUGACAUUGAUGAUUUCAAAGAAGCUCACCAACGGCUGCAGAAACUGGGCUUUCCCAUUGCGGAUCCGGACACGGUCUUUGAUCAGAUCGCCAAGGCGCCAGCAAGCAAGGAAGGCUCUCGCGCCUCCCGAGCAGCUCCCGGCACCAGCCCGUCGAAGAGUCAGAGCCCUCCGACGAGCCCCGCGGCCGCGCGCGCGUCCAGGAAGAGCGUGCGCGUGGUGCGCAAGGUGCUCCCUCUAGCCGUCUUGGCGAAUUGGUGCGCCCACAAAGGUUACCCCCGGCUGAAGGACGAGGAGGAGGAGAAAGUGCAGGAGAAGCCUAGAUCCUUUUGGGACGAGGCAUUGGCCGUGAAGGGUCAUCCAGACCACUUGUGGGCGGCCAACAACGAGAAUGCACUGGUGGAAUGCAUGUCGGCUGAUGAGCCAGACAUCGCGCUGGUGCAGCAGCUUUUGACCAAGCCCAAGGUCAGCGUGGAGGCGGAAGAUGCCACCUUCGGACUGACGCCGUUGCACUUCGCUGCCAGGCUCGGGGAUACACAAAUUGCUGCGCUCAUUUUGGAUAGAAAUCCAGACUUUGCGCCUGAUAAGAUGGGCAACACGGCACUGCACCUCUCGGCCAAGGGCGGCUUCAAUGAGUUUGUCAAACUGCUUCUGCCCCGGCGAGCGGUUUUGGAUGGGAAGAACAAGAAUGGUUGGACCCCACUGACCUGGGCCUGUUCCGGUGGUCAUGCCAGCGUGGCCGUCACUCUCAUCGCGGCCAAAGCCACGGUGGGAGUGCAAGACGUGGACGGACGCACCGAGGCCAUGUGGGCUGCGAAGCAUGGCCACUCUGAAGCGUUGGCGGUGUUGCUGGAUAAAGGCUUCGACCUGAACCUUUGCGACAAGUUUGGCCUGGCCGUGGCGGAUCAUGCGCAAGACCACCUGGAACUCCGAAUGGCGUUGCUCGAGGCGGAACAGAGAAACCAAGCCUUGCUGCAAGCCGCACAGCGUGGCCUGUCUCGACGCCAAUGA